AUGCUAGCACUACCUCCGAUAUGUGCCAUGUUCUUGGCAAAAUUUGACGUCCACACCGGCUAUGAGCUAAAAUGGUUUCAGUCGGUGGACAAUGAUGUUUAUAACAGCGAUGGCUUGGAAUUCAAAGCAAUGCCAUCUGGUUUACAUUCCGUAGAGUCCGACACAAUUUGUUUUACACAUUCAAAAUUGAGUUCUCCUGGUAUCCUCUACGGGUUAUCAGUAUUCAAGCAAAAUAAACAUUGCCGACAGGUAAACAAAGAGGGAGCUGUCGAUAGAAGUAAGGUGAAAUUGUACUCUUUGGGUAUACUCAUCGACCCACAUCAUUUAGAAAAAAUUGAAGAGUUUACAGAUUGGAAACCUAGGACUUAUUCGGUUUUCUGGGAUUAUAGAAUGAAUCUUGGUAAUUUGUUAGAAGAAUAUAUGGAUUUUUCUGAGAGUACCGAAGCAGAGCACUGUUAUGAAAAAUUUAAUCAGUUCUUUGGUAAGAAUUCGUUUAAACUACAGACUUCUCCAAUCGAGGUAUCGCAAACAUUACCAAAGCUAAAACCGGCAGCUUCUAAAUUGUCUUUACUUAGUGGAAUUUCUGGUGAUGUCUUUCCGAAAGACCAUAUGAUAAGUUCAUUGAUUCCAAUGGUCAACAAUUUUGGUCCCUUGAUUUUCAAAUUAUGGAAGAUAUCUUUAUUACGAAAACGUGUAAUAUUUUAUUCUUCACAUGAUCCAGUGACUCAAGCUGUUGAUGAAACUAACGGUGUAAAAAAGGAGGCUUCCAGUGUUGGUGAUAUGUCCAAAAUUUUGUUUUGUUUAUCUCUCUUGUCAGGAAUACCAAAACAAAUAGAGGUAACUUUACAGAAAACUACCAAGAGAGAUAUAUCUAGGUUAUUAUUUCACAAACCAUUGUAUAAUGUUGUCCUUUACGACAUCCAAAUGUUGUCGGAAUUCAAUGACAACUUUUUAGCUUCUACAACAGAUGAUAUUAUUCUUGACAAGAAGGCCAUCUAUGAUUAUGGUGUGAAAAUACCGAUCAUCCAUAAAAACCCCAUUUUUCAAUUACCUGAAGUUACGAAUCUUCUAACAGAUAAAAAUGAGUUUGCCUCACCAAAAGAUCAUGAAAGAUAUAAGAUCUUAUACUCUAGCCUAAAUAACACCAACCAAGAAUGUCCAAUUGCUCAUGAUGUUAGCGAAAAAAGAUCUUUCCAAGAGUAUAUUUGGACUGGGCUUUCAUGGUGGGCAUCCGCAGGUGAGUCUUUCCAAUCUAUUUCAGAGGAAUUUAAUAUUGAAUUUGAAUUUUUUGAUGAAUUCCCCGAUGAUUACACUGAACAGAUCAUCACUAUAGUAGGGUAUUUCCAACAGCUUACACUAAAGCUAUUCAAUGGGUUGAUUGAGAUUGUUGAAAAAUCUGAAACGGCUGAUUUAACAGUUGAUGCCCAUGAUAUAAAACAGUUAGGUUUAGACCCCUACAGUGCUUCAGAUUGUGAGUUUUUAGUUGAAUUGGUAAAAGUGUGGUGGAGGAAAAAUCUUAAAAUAAGUAGUUAUUUUAGUGAGGCAUGUUAUUGGAAUUGA